CUUUUCGACAGCACGACGACCAGUGACAUCCCGCCCAAUCCGCGAUAGCCCACCGCCAAAAUGUCAAUGUUUCGUGCCAAGAAGCUCGACCUGGGCUGUUUCGUCAACAUCCGGACGAUUCGUGACCACACGAAGCGCCAGGUCUUCAUGGAGCACGAGCCUGAGAGACAAGCCCUCCGCUACAUCAUUAGGAACACGACUCUCCCUCCCCGCGUGCGCGCCGAGGCGCAGCUCCAGCUGGGCCAGAUGCACUGCUACACCCGGCCGACGCAGAUCCGCAACCGCUGCAUCAUGGGCGGCAAGUCCAGGGGUAUCUUCAGCGAAUUCAAGAUGACGAGGUUCAACUUCCGUAUGCAAGCGUACGAGGGCAACCUGCCCGGUGUCAAGAGGGCCAGUUGGUAAACGCGUGAGAAGGCGAGAAGGCCACAAGACGACAAGAUCUUCGAUAAGAUCCGGCGCCGAGGUGCCGCUGUAAAAUAAAAAUGUGUCACACGCGCUCUUGCAGAGGGCGGGAUAUAUCUGCGUGCCGGAGGACACUCAUAAACAAGUUAGGGGGGGUGUCAGGAGUUUUGGUCACAUGCCAGCAACCCGAGAAAGGAUAUGCAUAGAUGUAUAACACCAAGAAAGAAACGUACAGCAUCUCCGAUCAGAUGUAAGUGGGCUUUGAAGAGAUCGCAGGCUUCCAUGUGAUGAACAAGGCAGGAAGGGUCAGUGGCCAGGCGCCCUUGCCGUGUUUGUCUGGCGACCAAGAUUCUCGCCGGUGUCUUAGGCUUCAAUCUUCCAUUUGCAGACCUUUGGCUCUCCUCAGACAGCUCUCCUAAGACCUUGACCUCAAAAGGAAGCCCA